AUGACGCGUGCAUGGAGAACAACACUCGGCCAUAUCCCAAACCGUGUGUCCAACCUCCACCAAACUUCACAGGCGGCCAUAAAAUCAAAUUUUGGUCAGCAAAUCCAAAAUAUAGGCCGGUGCAAUGUUCACAGUUCAGGAGAUAGACCAAGGAGCCACAUUCUGUCAUUCGCGGGCAAGCACAAUGGCCGACAAUCCAAAUCACGGCACCCCCACCGGUUGGAAACAACUUCCUUGAGCGUAAAUAACACAUUUAUGCAGGAAGUAAUGAAAAGGAACGAGCCAAACUUCAGAUGGCUAAGGAAACUCCUUCCGGAGCCAAAUUGCCCAUCUUGUGAAGGAAUUCUCAAUCCACUAGUUCAAAUGCUCUCAAACUUCACCAGAGGCCAUGGAAUACCAGGUUGGUCGAUGAAAUUUCAAUAUAGGUCAUGA